AUGAAAAUAAUCUUCAAUUUAUUACUUAUUGGAUUAUUGUCCAAUUUAAUUUAAUCUAAGUCAGUUGCAAAAAUGAAAGAAGUAUUCAUAAUUUUAAAUAAAAUUUUUAGUGUUUAACAUAUGUUUUAGGAUAUAAUUAAUAAUGUUAUUAAUAAUAUUAGGAUUGUUUAUUAAAAGACAUUUGUUAAGGAUUAUAUAUUUAAGGUAAAACACUUUGUUUAGAGGAUUUCAAAUAUGAUACAGAUUAAUAUUUAGGAGAAUGUGUAAGUACUUAAUAUGAUAAAUUAUAAAAUGAUGAUGCAAAACUUUUAAUUGAUUGUUUAUAAGAAUAAUGUGAUAUUUUGAAUAAUCAAGCUACACUUUAACAUCUAUCAAGAAUAUUGAUAUUGAUUUAUUUAUUUACUUAAUGA